AUGGACCACUCAAAGAAAAAAUAUCAACUAUAUCAAGGCGAAAAAAAGCAAACAAGUAUUUUGAAUACUCCAAAUACUUCAAGCACUCCAAGUACUCCAAGCACUUCAAGCAAUUCUAUUCUGAUUAGCAAAACUAGAUUUACAAAGACCCAGCUAGAUGAGUAUAAUGGUAAUGAUAUAUUGUAUAAUAUAGAAGAUCAUUUUUCAAGUAAUGAUCAGAAUUUCGCUAAUGAUAUUUCUGAAAAUGAUGCAAUUAAUUCUAAUUCUAAAUGA